UUUAAAGUCUCCAAAGGAUUUGUCCUUGAUAUACUAAAAUGCUCAUUUUACUUAUUUAUUUUUUUUAAGAACUUGUGUGUUUGGAAAGAACACGUACAACAUAAAAGGGAUGUACAAUAUUUCAAAUGUCAUGCUGUUUAUUAUUUUUAGGUUUAUAUUGCUCAUUGUGAAAUCAGCUGAAAAUGAAUCAUGUUCUCGGGAAGGGGGGACAUCUUGUGGUUAGAUGAUAUAUCAGAUUUUAUCUCAUUCACUCAGUCAGAAAAGCAGCCAAGCCAGAUCACCACGAGAAAGAGGAGUACAACAGCACAUGCUGAAAGGGGUUUCUAGAUUUCAGCAGUGAUAACCAAGAUUUUUGAGAUUCCUCUGAACAACUGUAGGUGGAACAAAUGACUGGUGAGACAGAGGUAAACGCUUUACGGACGUGAAGGAACAAGUGGCGACUGGAGACUUGUAUAUCGCGAACCUUCAAACAGAUAAACAGUGACUGAAAAGGUAGAAGUUUUCUUAAAUGGAGCUAAAAUGGGCAUUUAUUUUGGGUCUCUUUUUGCCGUCAUGUAGCGGAUGUGCCUUGGGGUAUAAAUUUGUUAAAAGGAAAUGCGUUGAUGAAGAUGAGUGUGAAACUCCGGGUAUGUGUGGUGAUGCUCAGUGUGUGAAUACAGAUGGAAGUUACUACUGUACUUGCGCUGCAGGCUUCAAAAUGAGUCAAACAGGACCAUGUAAAGAUAUAAAUGAGUGUCUGGAGGAUGAAUUAAUCUGCCCAGCCCAAAUGAGGUGUGAGAACACCUUCGGCUCCUACGUGUGUGUGUGUCCCACAGGACAUCAGUGGAAGAACGAAGCUGAAUGUGAAGAUGAGGAUGAGUGUUUAUCUUCACCAUGUGGACUUCACAGAAGUUGUUUUAACACCCCUGGAAGUUUCGUCUGCAAAUGUUCUCCAGGAUUUCGUGAACUUGAGGGCGGCAUGUGUGCAGAUAUUAAUGAGUGUUCAGAAUCUCCAGAUGUUUGCGGCACAAACGGAGACUGCAUCAAUAAUCCAGGCGGCUUCAGCUGCAGAUGCCAUCAGGGCUUCACAAACUACGGAAACAACCAGUCCAAAUGCAUCGAAAUGAGCUGUGAUCAGUUUAAGCCUGAGCCUGAUGCAGGAAACACACCGGAGAAGUUGAAGCAUUUGAUGUCACUGUUGAUGAACAGCUGCAAGUCUCUGAAUGAUCCACAUGGAGAACAUUUCACUGCAGAGAAGUUACUGGAGAACUUGUGCAAUUCCACGGAUGAUCUGCUGUCGGAGGGAAAUGUUGCAGACGGUGAAACUUUGAGUGUUUUUCUGGAUGCGGUGGAGAACAGCAUGCGUCUGAUUGGUCCUCAGCUGAAAGAUCCUGUGACCAAGAUGGAGACGCAAAAUACCUAUGCUGAGGUUGCGGUCACACGGAAUCAAACUCCGCCCAGUGGGAGUGUCACUCUGAGCACAGGCUCCGCCCACUUCAAUACCAGCUGGGAAACGGUUGUUGGCAAAUCAUAUCCAGGUUUUGCGUUUGUGGCGCUGGUCAGUUAUAAAGACAUGAACUCGUCCAGUGAUCUGUUCAACAGUAUGGCAAGAGAGAAAUCGGAUGUGAAGGAGAAACAAAUAACUUACAAACUCAACUCAAAGGUGGUGACGGCCGUCGUCAGUAACCCAGACACCAAACAUCUGUCAAAACCAGUGACGCUCAUCUUUACACAUGAGGAGAGGGCGGAGUCUGAGGGUGUGGCUUACUCCUGUGUGUACUGGAGUGAGUCUGAGAGGGGGUGGUCUGGGCGGGGCUGUGAGUUGGCGUGGUCUAACAGCACUCAUACAGCAUGUUCCUGCUCUCACCUGAGCAGUUUCGCUGUGCUAAUGGCGCUCUAUCCUGUCGAGGACACGUUUGAGUUGGUGGUGAUCACACGUGUGGGUUUAGUUCUGUCUCUGAUCUGUUUAAUUCUCUGUAUCCUGACCUUCCGCUUCUGCCGCUCAAUCCAAGGCACCCGGAACAGCAUCCACCUCCAUCUGAGCGUCUGCCUCUUCAUCGCAGACCUCGUCUUCCUCUGCGGGAUCUCCAGCACUCACAAUCAGGUGGCGUGUGCGAUUGUGGCCGGUCUGCUCCACUUUUUCUUCUUGUCUGCGUUCUGCUGGAUGUUGCUGGAGGGGGUUCAGCUCUACCGGAUGGUUGUUCUGGUUUUUCACACCACAUUAAAACACCUGUACAUGUACGCGGUGGGAUACGGAGUCCCUCUAGUCAUCGUCUCUAUCUCUGCCAUCGCCGUUCCAAAGGGAUACGGCACAGACAGACACUGUUGGCUUUCUCUGGAGGGUUAUUUAAUCUUGAGUUUCUUUAUACCCGUCUGCAUCAUCGUCAUCCUCAACAUUACAGUCUUCAUCAUCACCGUGUGGAAACUGGCCCUAAAGUUCUCCAGCCUCAACCCAGACCUCUCCAAACUCCACAAGAUCAGGAGUUUUUUGGCGACCGCAGUGGCUCAGCUGUGUGUUCUUGGAGGAUCUUGGGUUUUCGGCUUCUUCCUCUUCCAGAAAAACGGCACUGAGGUCAUGUUGUACCUCUUCAUCAUCCUCAACAGCCUCCAGGGGGCGCUGAUCUUCAUCAUGCACUGCCUGCUGUCCAAACAGGUGAGAGUGGAGUAUCGCAGUCUGUUUAUGCGAAUGUGUUCGAACAAGAAGAAAGGAGACUACAGUGUCAGUAGUACAGAGCCGUCUCACAGCAGUCAGAAGCCUCUACAAAUCGACCAGAGCACAGGAGAGUCGACAAUCUGAAGCUGUGAGCGAUUUAUA